AUGGACAUUUUCUUUAAUGGCGUCCGUACCGGAGGUCACUCGGAGAAUAAGAAGGCGCGAAUAGCUACGAACGGUAGUGUGGGCACUAAGCGAUUACAUAAUGAGGGUGAGGGCGUCAAAAUAUGGUGCUGUCCAUCGUCUCGUCGGCAUCAGAUACAAGUCUCGGCCUGUAGGCCGGAGACGCAGGAAGUGGGAGGAUAA